UCUUGAAUUCACAUACCAACACCAGAGUUGAUUGUGCACUGUGCAGUGCACACAAAUAGAGCUACUUGCAGUCUUUCUCAUAUAUCAUUUCCUUUGUUUUUCCUCUUCUACCUUCAAUUCCAUGGCUAGCUCAUUGGUUUUUUGUUCAUGGAUCAUUUUCAUGGUCAUGGCAUUGGGAACUCUUAGUACUCAAAGCGAGGCUGCUCGGGCUUUCUUCGUCUUUGGAGAUUCACUGGUUGAUAAUGGCAACAACAACUACUUGGCAACCACUGCCCGAGCAGACUCUCCUCCUUAUGGCAUUGAUUUCGCCCCCACCCAUCGACCUACUGGCCGAUUCUCUAAUGGCUACAACAUUCCAGAUUUUAUCAGUCAGCAACUUGGCACGGACCUAUUGUUACCAUACUUGAGCCCACAGCUCACUGGACAAAAACUACUUGUUGGUGCAAACUUUGCUUCUGCUGGAAUCGGAAUUCUCAAUGACACUGGAGUCCAGUUCGUGAACAUUAUCAGAAUGUUCAGACAAUUUGAAUACUUUGAAGAAUAUCAGCGACGACUAGCUGCUGAAAUUGGAGCUGAGCAGGCAAAGCGACGUGUUAAUGAAGCACUCGUCCUCAUCACUGUUGGUGGCAAUGACUUUGUUAACAACUACUACUUGGUGCCUUUCUCUGCCAGAUCUCGCCAAUACAAUCUCCCGAAUUAUGUUACGUACCUCAUUUCUGAGUACGAAAAACUUCUACAGAAAAUAUAUGAUCUUGGAGCACGUAGGGUCCUUGUGACAGGAACUGGACCACUAGGUUGUGUUCCAGCAGAGCUUGCCAUGCGAAGCACCAAUGGUGGAUGCUCAGCUGAACUGCAAAGAGCUGCCGCCUUGUACAACCCACAACUUGUUCAGAUGGUUCAAGGUCUCAACAGCAAGAUCGGUUCCAAUGUUUUUAUUGCUGCUAAUACUGCGUUGAUGCACAAUGAUUUCAUAAGUAAUCCUCAAGCAUAUGGAUUUACCACAUCCAAGAUGGCAUGUUGUGGGCAAGGACCCAAUAAUGGUCUGGGACUUUGCACAGUAGCAUCAAACUUGUGCACAAACAGAGACCAAUAUGCAUUUUGGGAUCCAUUCCAUCCCUCUGAAAAGGCAAACAAGAUAAUAGUUCAACAAAUCCUGAGUGGCUCUAACGAGAUGAUGUACCCCAUGAAUCUCAGCACCGCCUUGGCCUUGGACUCUAUGACCAUGACCUAAUAAAUUGUCUUGCUUGCAUUGGAAUACAGAAUAUGUUUUAUAAGUUAGUAAUUUAUUAUUAUGUAUUAUUACAAUUCAAGUUGUGUUGUACGUGAUUCUCAAAAAAAAAAAAGAAGUUGUGUUGUACGUGUCAUAGAAUUUAUUUCCAAUGUAGCGUGAUCUUCAAAAGUUAGUUUGAAUAAUUGGUUGAUGAAUAAGCAUUAACCAGAUUUUCAAUCUGUUUAAUAACAACAUUGAUUACAAAAUCAAUUUUCA